AUCUCUCUUCUUUAGAGAGAGAAAGAACGCUUAAUGGCUUGCUAUUCAGUUAACCUUCCUCUGACGGCGAAGCCAAAAUCUCCGGCGAACUCGGCCGGAGUUUAUCUUCCUUCCACUUCUCAGUUGGCGAUCUCCGGCGUUUCUAUCUCCUCCAGGGAAACCGUUUCAUAUCGUCUUCGUAACAGCAGAAGGGCAUCGCCAGUCGUUCAGGUUGUUUCAUCAUCAUCAUAUGUUGUUAACAAGCUUGAUCCGCUAAAGGUGAUGAUAUCUGGCGCUCCUGCUUCUGGAAAAGGAACUCAAUGUGAACUAAUUACUAAGAAAUAUGGUUUAGUGCAUACUGCUGCUGGAGAUCUACUAAGGGAAGAAAUUGCAUCUGGUAGUGAAAAUGGAAAGAGGGCAAAGGAAUAUAUGGAGAAAGGACAGUUAGUCCCUGAUGAAAUAGUUGUCAGGAUGGUGAAGGACCGAUUAUCGCAACCUGAUUCCCAGCAAAAUGGUUGGCUUUUGGAUGGAUAUCCGAGGAGUUUGUCUCAAGCAACUGCACUUCAGGCAUAUGGAUUCCAUCCUGAUCUAUUCAUUGUUCUUGAAGUCCCGGAGGAUAUUUUGGUUGAGAGGGUGAUUGGAAGAAGGUUAGAUCCUGUUACUGGGAAGAUUUACCAUUUGAAGUAUUCUCCUCCUGAGAGUGAUGAAAUUGCUGCUAGGCUUACUCAACGAUUCGAUGAUACUGAAGCAAAGGUAAAGUUGAGAUUACAAACACACAAUCAGAAUGUGGAAUCAGUUCUCUCAAUGUAUGAAGAUAUAACAAUAAAGGUGGAUGGAAGUCUUCCUAUGAAAGAUGUGUUUGUGAGAAUCGAUAACGCAUUAACAAAACUUCUUGAGCAAAAGAAAGAGCUUCCGAGGGCUAGUACUAUUGCAACAUAAACAACAUCAAUCGAACCGCCUAUGAUUAAUAAUUCCGGGUCAUUAUUAGUAUUUUUCUUCUCAACAUUCAUUAAUUUUAUUUUUCAUAGGGGACUGCCAAGAAAUUGUAUUGUCUGAACUGGUUUGGAAAGUCGGGCAGUUAUUUAUUCCCUAUACAUAUUUAUGGCAUAAGAUAGAAGUUCAUAUUUGCCAUUUUGAGUUUACAUUUAUUCAAAAAUUGUUUUUCUUA